AUGUCAAAUAAAUCAUUAAGAAGAAAACCACCACCACCAAUAGAUACAGAAUUACAUAAUGAGAAUAAUACUAAUAAGAAUACCUCACUAAUUAAUCAAUUGGAAAAUUUACAUAGAAAAUCAUUCUCAAAUAUAAAUAAUCAAAGACGACUAUCACAGAUUGAUCAAAAUAUUUUAAAUUCACAACAACAACAACAAAAGGAUCUUCCGAAUAUUCCUUAUAUAACAACAACUCCGACAAGAAACUCAUAUAAUGAUACAUUUGAUAAUUCAAUUAAUGAAUCUUUCACAUCAUUUGAUUCACCAAAGCCCAAAGGGCCGAAAGAUUUAUGGGAAUAUAAUCAAAAUGGAAUAACACUGCCACUUCAAGAUCAAAAUAAUAAUAAUUUCAUUCCUUCAUCAUCAACUCAUGCAUCAAUUCAAAUUAAAAGAAUACUACCUAAACGAAGUUAUCAACAAAUUUCAAGAUCAAAAUCAAAUUCAAAUUCAACAAUACCUACUGAUGAAUCUUCACCUUAUGAUUCUCCAAAUCAUGAUACACCUGAAGAGAGUAGAGAUUCCAGUUUUAUCGAAAAAACACCAAAAAACCCACCGUAUCCAACAACUGGAAUUGAGGAAUAUUUUGAUGAAGAUUUAACACCUGAAAUGAUAUUUGAAGUUCCUUCACCUUCUCAAAGAAGAACUAAAGCAAUAAUUAAUCAAUCUAUAAAUACCACUUCACCAAAAAUUAAUGAGGUACCUAAUUUAAGUACUAGAAGUUCAUUGUCUACAAUUUAUGGUCAACAUUAUCAAAGACAACAAAUGGAAGAAUCAUCACCGUUACUGAGUAAUUCACCACCCAUUUCACCAUAUGAAGAAAAUAUACCUAGACGUAAAUUGUCUAUGCGUUCAUACAAUAAUUAUCCAGACUCUGAACCAUAUAGUCGAUCACCAUCACCAAAAAGAUCUUAUCAUAGUAAAAAUAAUUCAUUAAAUGGAUAUGAUAAUAAUUAUUUUAGUCAUAAUAUAGCAAAUCAAUAUCAAACUCAAACUCAAAUUCAAUCUCCUGAUGAAUAUUCACCACAAAGUAAUAAUUUUAAUUCAAGACCUUCAUAUCGAGUAGUUUCAGAUAAUCCUUUUUAUGAUGAAGAAGAAAAUCAAAAUUAUGAAUUUGAAUCACCAGCAACAGAUUAUUUUGAUUAUUCAAUAUUACCUGAAUUACCACCAAGUAGAGAUACUUCAACUGCUAAUACAUCUAUAACAAUUGGUCCACCAUUACCUAAAAAAUUACAAGAAUUACCACCAUUACCAUUAGAUUUACCAGAUUUACCUUUUAAUACUUCUUCAUUACAAGCUCAACAUUUUGAAACUUGUAGAGAAAUAUGGUCAAUAUCAAAAUUAUUUAAUUGGAGUUGUAAAUUACAAAUUUGGUUAAAAGGAACAUCUGUUUCAAAACAAGAAUUAAAAAAAGCUAUAAUAAGAUUAAUUGCAUUUCAUCGUAGUGAUAUAUCAUUAGAUGUUUUAACAAAAAAUUCUCAAGCUGCAUUUGAUUCAUUUUUACAAGCUCAAGCUAUUGAAUUAGUUGAAUUACUGAAACCUAAUUCAAAUGGUGAUAGAUCUGUAGUUAUAUUUAAUGAAGAAGUAAUUGUUAGUGGUGUAUUACCAGGAUUAACUGAAUGUUAUUCACCAGUUCCGCAUAUAAAAGAUGAAAAUGAAGAUUCAACAAUGACUUGUUAUUCAACAAUGUGUAAUUUUAGUAGAAUGAUGAAUCUUGAAAGAAAAAUGAGAACAAUGAAUAUUAAAGAAAUUGUAUUAGCAAAUGAUUGGGCUGCUCAUUGGAGAUUAACUAUUGAUGAUCUUAGAGAUUUAAAUCCAAGUUUAAUUAAAAGACAAUCUCUUAUAUUUGAUUUAUUAAGAUAUGAACAAACUUUUAUACAAAGAGCAAAAUGUUUUGUUGAAAUUGUUGGACCAGAAUUUAUAAAGGCUGCAAAGGGAUAUUUAGGUUCAAAUAAUUCAAAAAUUAAAAUUUUUGAAGAAGAAGUUUUAAAAACUAGUGAAAAAAUUUUAUUAAUUCAUCAAAAUCAAUUAUUUGAACCCUUGUUGAAAAUUUUAAUUUCUGAAGGUAAAUUCAUAAAAAAUGUUAUUGAAAUUGUUAGUAUCUAUAUUGAUUGGGCAAAAGAAGUUAGAUCAUAUUUAAUCAAAUAUAUGAAUAAUAUGCCAAUGAUUGAAGAAUUAUUAAGUUUAUCAAAUUUAAAAUCAUAUAUAGAUAAUAAAAUUGGUCAAUUAUCAAGAGUUAAAGAAUUAAAAGUAAACGUUCCAAUAUUAUUUAUAAGUACUUUUAAUUCAAGAUAUCAACAAAUUCCAUUACAAAUUUUAGAUAUUCAAAAAAAAUAUUUAGAAAAUGAACCAGAAUUUUUUUUAUUAAAGCAAGCAAGUGAUGAAAUUAAAGAAUUAGGUUCUAAAAUAAAUGAUUCUAAAAAAUUUGCAGAUAAUUUACAUGCUUUAGAACAAUUAAAAAUUCAAUUACUGUGGAAAUCAAAUUUAAAUCCAAUUAAUUUAAAUUUAAAUUCAAUAAAUAGAAAAUUAAUAUGUAGAGGUGAUUUAACAAGAAGAACUGAUUUAAAAUUUACUUCACAAAUUAAUCAUUUAAUUGUUUUAGAUAAUUAUAUUAUAAUUACAGAAAGAUUAAAAAAUCAAAAACCAAAUGGUGCAUUAUACAAAAUUUAUGAUUAUCCAAUUCCCAUAGAUUUUUUAAUAUUUGAAGAAAAAAUUGUAAAUAAUUCAUCAUCAUCUCCAGCAACAAUAAAAUUAUCAUCUUCACCAAUAACAAAACCUUCAAGAAAAUCAUUAUCAUUAGAUGAUAAUAAUGAAGAUCAUGAUGAUAUUCAAUAUUCUAUAAAAUUAAGAUAUGCUGGAAAAUUUAAAAAUUCAUAUACUUUUACAUGUAAAACAGAACGGGAAUAUUUAGAUUGGAUAAAUUAUUUAACAAUUGCAAAACAAAAAAUGAAUGAAAGAUUAUUUAAUAAUAUUGUUUUUAAACCAAUACCAAUAUCAACAACAUGUUUUGCAUAUGAACAAAAUAAUAAAAUUAAUAAAUUACAAAUUGUAACACCAUUUGAUCCAAUAUUUGAAAUUUGUCAAGAUUCAAUAAAAAAAUUUGAAACAUUAGGAAUUUCAAAAGAUAUUUAUUCCUCGAAUAAUAAUGUUAGAAAUAGAAUGGUAUUUAGUAGUAUUCAAAGUAGUUUUGAAUUUCAAUAUAAUGGUCGAUUUUUUACAUUUAUUGGAUUAAAUUCUGGUUUAUAUUGUUGUGAAUCUCAUUCACAUUGGAAAAAAAUUUUAAAUGGUAAUGAUUUUAAUAAAAUUCAUGUUGAUACAAAUUUAAAAAUUGUUUUAAUUUUAAAUGAAAAAAAUUUAAAAUAUUAUUUAUUAAAUCAAUUGAUUGAAAUUUAUUUUGGAAAAAGAUCAAAUAUAAUUGGAAUUUCAUUGUCUAAGGAUCCAAUAUUAUUUUUUUCAAUGAAAUUAUAUAAGAAUAUAAAAAUGUUAUUCUUUGCUAAAAAGAAAAAUAAUAUGACAAAUAUUAAAAUAAUUAUACCAGAAAUUGAUAAUAAUGGAAUAUUUAAUAGAUUUAAAGAUUAUAGAAAAUUUUUUAUAGAAGCUGAAUGUUAUGGUAUAUCAAUUUUUAAUUCAUCAUUUGUUUUAUAUACUGAUAAAGGUUUUGAAAUUAUGGAAAUUAUAAAUUUAAAUCCAAGAUCAGUACCUGAUUUAUCUGAAUUGGAAAAUGAUAAUGUUAAUAACAAGAAAAAAAUAGAUUAUCAAUUUUCAAAAAAAUCAGUCUCAACUACUAAUAUCAACAAUGGUUUAGAUUCAAAUAAUCAUCAAAUUUUGCAAACAAUUAAAAAAUUAAUAAAUUCGAUAAAUAUUCAACCAAUAGGAAUGUAUAAAUUAAGAAAUAAUAAAGAAUUUAUAUUAAUUUAUUCAAAUUUUGCAAUUUUUAUAAAUCAAAGGGGAAAAAUUUCAAGAAAUGAUAUCCUUUAUUUUAAUAAUGAUUUAAAAUUUAAACAAAUAAAAUUUAAAAAUAAUUAUUUAUUUUUAAUAAAUGAUGAAAUUAUUGAAAUUUUACUGAUUAGUGAUUUAUCAACGGGUUCAAAUAAAUUAAUUCAAUGUAUUUUAGGUAAAGAUAUACAUUUAAUUUCAAAUGAUGAUGAUGAUGAUAUGUUAUGUUUUGUAAUGGCAAAUCCUUUAAUUCCUGGUUUACAAUUAGUGUUUAAACUUUAA